AUGAACACUUCUCUGAUUUUUCUCUCGGCUUUUAUUGCGGUUAUUGGUAAGUUUUUAAUGAAAACAUAGUUAUGCAUGAUUCAAAUCCAAUUUUUAAGCUGCUGAUUGUUAUUUUCCGUUUUUGACGGCAACCGGGCCUUGUUCAAGUGAUGCGGAUUGUGGUGGUUCCGCUUGUGUUAUGGACAUUAAUAGUGGAAGUAGAGUUUGUUGCAAACCGAAACCUGGAACUAUUUCACCAAGUGGGUUAACUUCUGGGAUGAUAAUUAGUAAUUAAAUUGAUCAUUUGUGAUUUUGAAAAGUAUUAUAUUUGGGGCUUUUUAUUCUUAAAUAUUUUAGUGACACGAGAAACUUCUGACAUUGAGAAUUUUUAUUACUCAUACUUUGAGCUCUGAAUAAAAUAAUCAGAGUUCAGUAUUUUCUUAUUUAUGUUAAUGAAAGGGUCCUUGAUUUUUGAGAUUUGAAUAAUAAUAGAAAAAAGCUAAUGAUUUUUCAAUAAACAUUUUCAGAAACUGAAAAUUAUAAUUUCAAUUUUUAAAAGUGUCAAUAAAAACAUCUCAUUUUGUUUCAAAAAUCCCUUGCCUUUAGAGUCACAGUUCCCUUUUUCACUUCUAAUAACCAUGAAACGUUCACUUUUGGAUUUCCAAAAAAUGUGAUUCAUCAAGUCUUUUUUCACACAGUGAGAAUUUUCAAAUUGUAUCGUAGAAGAUCAUGCAAUGAUGAUGAGGUGAUGAAUAAGUCAACCGUGUGAAAAUUUACAGAAUGUUCAUCUGGUUCAUAUUCGGGUUUGCCAAUUCUUUGUGAUCCCGCUGAUGGAGAUGAUGGUUGUCCAUCCGGUUCAACAUGUCAAAAAAGUAGUACAGAUUUUACAAAGGGAAGUGUGAGUCUAGUUUUUGAUUCAAUUUCAUUUCGUUCUUUCAAAAUCAAAUUUUAUCUACUUCUCUUUUUUUCUUUCCUGCUAAAAAAAAGAACACAAAUUUCUCUUUUUUCCUCUUUCAUUCUUGAUCUAUCCUGAAAAAAGGAAAAAAGAAAGCUUAUUUGAUUGCAGGACCCCGCAUCUCCUAAUUCACUUUGUUGCAAGUCCUAA